CUCCACUUUAGGUUCAACAUUCACACAGAGAAAGAGAGGAUACUCAUAAAAGUAAGCAGCAGUAAUGCCUUCUAAUUCUGGAGAUGAUAAUGUUCUUCAAGUUCUCUUCAAGAACUUCGAUGUUCUUGCACUCCCAUUGGUUGCUCUUGUCUACCCUCUAUAUGCAUCAGUGAAAGCCAUAGAGACAAAAUCAUUGGUAGAAGACGAGCAAUGGCUCACUUACUGGGUUCUCUACGCAAUCAUCUCCCUCUUCGAACUCAUUUUCUCCAAAGUUCUUGAAUGGUUUCCGAUAUGGCCCUUCUUGAAGCUGAUAGGGAUAUGCUGGCUAGUGCUACCACAGUUUAAUGGAGCAGAACAUGUCUACAGACAUUUUAUCAGGCCAUUCUACAUGAAUCCUCAAAGAGCUUCCACCAAUAUUUGGUAUGUUCCUCAGAAGAAAUUAAAUUUCUUCCCCAAACGCGACGAUGAUGACAUUCUCACUGCUGCUGAGAAAUACAUGGAGAAACACGGCACUGAUGCAUUUGAGCGAAUGAUCGUCAGGAAGGAUAGUUAUGAAAGAGGGAGGAGAGGAGGAGGAGGAAGCAAUGAUUACAUGAUCUUUGAUGACGAUUAUAGGUACUAAGUUUACCAUGUUUGUCAUUGUCAUCGUGAACCUGUUUGGCUACAUUCAGUUUGUAAGCUAGAUUUGUGCCUAUUGUGACUUAUCUAUGGCUUUUAUAAUUGCCAGGUUUAUGUAUAAGUAUCAUCCUUAUGUAGUAAUGACAUGUAUAAGUAUCAUCCUUAUGUAGUAAUGACAUGU